UAAAUGCAUUUUUCGUCCCCUACUUCAGUCUUAUCUAUGUUUGCCGAGAAAAUGCAGUAAAACAAACGAGCAAGUUUCGCUCCUGAAAUUUGCACUCAGAGCUCUUGGCUUUCAUUGAAUUCAAUUGCAGGUUUAUUGGAAAUUUGUUGCAGCUUCGGGCUGAACUUUUAGCAUUUUUCCUUUUGUAAUGUUUAAUUCAUCUUCCUGUUCUUUUGGCAGGACAAAAUGAGUCAAGUUUUGAAGUCAUUUCCGGGAACUCUUUUAUUUAACAAAUUAAGCUCCCACAAUUUUUCCAGGAAAGAAAAGAAGUUGGCUCGACAUGGGUCACGCUUUUUCCCCAGAAAUAACGUUCAAUCAUCUUUCCGAGGUGGUUUGGAGGUUGUAAAUCAUGUUAAAAGCUCUCAUAAGGAAAAGACUUGUGUCUACGAUGAAGGAAAAGUAGAGGCCUUGCCAUACAUACAAACUCUUAGAGAGUUUCCUCGGGAGGAGCUUGUUGCAAAAGUUGUUAUGGUGAGAUUUGAUUCUACCAUUUUGCUUGGAGAAAAUCUGGAUUUGAGUUCCCAGUCUGCUUCAAAAGCAAUUUACACCAUUAAGUAUUUACACGAAUGCGGGGCUAAAGUGAUUCUCGUGAGUGGAUGGAGUAGGAAAAUCAAUUUCAAACUUCAUGCUGCACAAACUGUUGCAGAUAUAUUAUCAUCUGUUCUCCAGCACAAAGUUACUGAUUUAAGAUGUAUUUCUUGCAACAUGCCACUGAAGAGGGAAGACCUGCAGAAAGCAGACAUCCUUCUCCUGGACAAUCUUUCUGAAUAUAAAGAGGAAGUUGCUAACUGUUCAAAGUUUGCUGAACUUUUAUCAUCAGAAGUUGAUAUUCUUGUUAAUGACUCAUUUGGUCAGUCUCAUAAAAUUCUUGCAUCAACAGUUGGUAUUGCCCGUUUCUGCUAUGCCUCAGUGGCUGGUUUUUCCUUUGAAGAAAACCUUCAUCAGCUACAGAAGAUUGCAAAAACUAAGAAAAAACCAUAUAUUGCAAUUAUUGGAGGGGGCAAUCUCAAAAACAAGGCUGCUGCUUUACAAUUUUUAGAAUCUAUAUGUGAUGCAUUGGUCUUUGUUGGACAAAUGUCCUUUCAGAUAAUGCAUGCUGUAGGACAUAUUAUUCCAACUAAUCUGGUGGAACGUGAUGCAAAUAAAGCAGCUUUAGACAUUGUUCAGUUUUCACAUGAUAAAAAUGUUCUCAUGUCAUGUCCAAAAGAUUUUUGGUGUAUGAAUCAGCGUUUUACUAAGCAGUUGGAGGUUUUUCCUGCUCAUGGAGUUCCUGAUGGUUGGUUGCCUGUUGAUCUUGGACCCAGGUCAUUGGAAGAAAUAUACUCUCUGGUAACAAAAUCCAAGAGAAUUAUAUGGUUUGGUCCAGGGAAAUUCAGUUCCUCCAGCCCAUACACAGGUGGAGCUUCUAAAUUGGCUCAGAUGCUUUACAAACAGAGUCAAUGUGAAUGUGAAAUAACAAUUGUUGGGAAUACAGCAUGUGAAGUAAUAAAAAAUGAAGCAAGCUCCUUAUCUUCUUUUACCAUGCUAGAAAAUGCUUCAGUAGUUUGGGAAUUUCUCAAAGAACAAAAGCUGCCUGGAGUGAUGGCCUUAGAUAGAGCAUACCCAUUUUCAAUUGAUUGGAGUGCUGCCUACCAUGAUCCAUCCCAACCUUUGGUUGUUGAUAUUGGAAGCGGCAAUGGACUCUUUAUCAUGGGAAUGGCCGAAAGAAGGAAGGAUUUGAAUUUUCUUGGUUUGGAGAUUAAUAGAAAGCUUGUGAGGCGGUGUCUGGAUUCAGUUCACCAGUCUGGUAUAAUGAACGCGUACUUUAUCGGUACAAAUGCAACAUCAACGUUCUGUUCCAUUGUUUCCAGUUACCCAGGAGAAUUGGUUCUUGUUUCAAUACAGUGCCCAAACCCGGAUUUUAACAAACCGGAAAAUAGGUGGAGCAUGCUGCAAAGGUCUUUAGUUGAAGCGGUGGCCGAUCUUCUUGCGCAUAAGGGAAAGGUCUUUCUGCAAUCUGAUGUGAAAGCAGUUGCCAUGAGAAUGAAAGAACAGUUUUUGCAAUACGGAAAGGGAAAACUUCGUCUUUCGCAUGAUUGUCACAGUGUAAAAAUCGAUGGAAAUACAUGGCUCGAGGAUAACCCAUUUGGGAUUCGUUCGGACUGGGAGCAACAUGUUAUGGAUCGAGGUGCUCCUAUGUACAGAUUAAUGCUUUCCAAAUCAACUGGCUAAGUUCUU